CUUUAUCCGACACAAUCCAAUCCUGACAAUAUGGAAUAUUUGUACCUUAACACUGCCAGGCACUGGUAUCCAAAGUGCUAAAUGGUUUUAACAGUACUGGUGAAAACAAUUUAUAUGAUGAAGUUCUAUGUAUGUAUGUGCAUGUAUGUAUUGCUUGAUAUCCACGGGAGGUGUGUUUAUUGUCAUCAUAUGCAUUUUAACAGAAAUUUACUUCGACGAGGGUUGUGAUAACCCCCUCCCCCAUUCCUAAUUAAUCUUUCGUAUCCCUAGCUAUACCUUUUAUACCCUAGUCGCCUUAUGACCUUUUGUACGCAAUGGAGAUCCGAAAUUUUAUGACAAAAUUUUCGACUGCCCAUACAGUGUUGAAGUUGAGAUAAACAUAUUCUCUCUUUGCACCAUUAGUGUUGUAUAAAUAGGAACAAGUUUCACUCCCACAGUUUUAAACCGCAUGAGUCGUGGGUUUUAUACUCAGUUUCAUGCGGAUCUUGAACACUAAUCCCUCCCACGAGGAACUGCACUGUAUCGUGGGCUAAAUUUCUGGUUCAAGAAGGAAAAAAGAGCUCUGAAACAAAAGUAAAAUGUGUGGAAAACCGGCUUCAGGACCAAGAGAAAUAUUUUUCAACCCACCUACGUUCUUCUAUGUUGAGUAAUCCACGUCGUUGACAUCUGACCCCGUGACUUGGGUAGUGCCAGUGGCCCAAUCAGGCUCGGAUUAAUGAAAUUUUUUUCCUAAAGCUAUCAUCACCCCGGUUGAUUAUCAGUUUUUGCAUUGAACUCAAACUGUGUUUCCGCGGGGGGUUACUUAGGUUUGGUUUCCUUCAUCUGCGUUGAUUAUUUCCUAAUAUCAGCAUAAUCUGCGCUCUGUUCCGUUCUUAUUUUAGACAAUAAGAGAUUGCGCGUUGUUUAUCAUCUAAAAUUGGCAGCCAGGGAAGAGAGAUACCAUCCAGCGUCUGGUGCUUGACUGGUCGUUUAGUAAAGGCUACAUUGCCAUAUAUUACCUCGGAUAUUACCUAAAGUAACUGAUCUUAAGAAGUUGAGACACGCUAUUAAGAUCAACAAUGUCUGCUCAAUCGUUGGAUCAAUCCCCCGCGGAAAAGCGGAAUUAUGUAAAAACCACUGACAGAGGAAUUCCUUUUAAGAAGAUGGCCAAAAUGCUGUCUAAGCGUCUAAUGAAAACAAAAGAACAAGACUUGCAAUUAGACCUUGUCGACCAGGCCUGGUUCCAUGGUCGGAUGACGUCGGAAUACGCCGUCAAGGUCCUUGAAACCGAAGGAGAAUUUCUUGUCCGUGAGAAUCCUGCAAGGCCUGGAGACUACUUUAUCUCCGUCAAUGAGAAUGGGGUUGUGAAGCACUUUCCCAUUCAACGAUCAACGACAAAAAAUCUCAAGUAUAAAUAUAAACUUAACAAAAGUGGCAGCUUUGAGACUUUGGUGGAUCUCGUGGAGUCAUUUUAUUCUAAUAAAAAGCUGGUUACUGAUAGUGAGGAAAUCCAGUUGCUUGCUCCUGCAAACCGGGACGCAGGUAUGCUUUUAGUGCCUGAGUUGAGCCCUAAUAUCCAGGUGGCGAGUGCGCCCGUAUCACCUGCAGGUACCCCACCCAUGACACUGAGGCGGGAACGAAAUUGCAGUGAUCCGAAUAUUAGUGCUGAUCGACUCCGCAGCCAUUUUGAAGGUUAUGGUCAAAGACCCAGAGCUGAAUCACGCUCUUCUCCACCAAGCUUGUAUGUCGAGGACUUUGACGUUAAUCAAAAUGAGGUCAUUUACGAGACUGUUAAUUUGCCGCCAAAAACACAACAAUCCGAACAAUCCGCGCUCAUGAAAAAGAAACACUCAAUACUAAAUGAAGUAUUUGAAAUGUUUCGCAAUACAUUGUAUAAAGAGUUUCGUAAAAACGAUUGUCUGACUUUAGCGAAGCACAUGACACGACGUGAUUUAGAAGUGGUCUGGGGUGAAGGAUUUUGCCAAAAAAGUGAAAAAGAGUUGGCUGUGCCCAAUGGACUUGAAUUGAUUUUAUUCCCUCAAGGAAGUGAAUUAAGACAAAGUAUAUUGAAAAGAUAUUCGACCGUUAUAACUUGGGUCAGCUCGAUGGUCAUCGCAGCUGGUGGGAAGGAAGAAAGAGUCGAUAUCCUUACCAUGUUCAUUGGUAUUGCGCACGCUCUGUUUAGUUCUCUUGGCAACCUAAAUGGAUUUAUGGCCGUGAUGGAAGGACUGGAGUCUGCACAGGUUAGACGUUUAAAACUGACAUGGAAAAAAUUGGAAGAAAGUCAUCCUAAACUAUCAAUCGUCUAUCACAACACGCUAAAGUCCGUUUACGCUAUCCUCAACUCACAAGGCACGCAUCCCUCCCCAGGUAAAGUCAAACCAAGUCUGCCUUACGUUGCCCAUGUUGUAAAGUGUCUUGAAGUUGGUCCAACACCAGUAGAACAAACUUUGAAUGGGGUGACAGAAUUGGAUGAGCUUGAAGUUAUGUGUAACCAUUUGAGCAGUGCCAGAGAUUAUGGAUGUAAUGUACACAGUUACAGACGGCAAGCUGUAGGAUUUGUAAGGAACAUGUGGGAUGAUACGGAACUUGAGAGGUAUUUUAUGGACACAGUUAACGUAUCGCGCGCUGUAGGUCUGGGAUUUAGUGAAGCUGACUCACCAGUCAAAAUGGAUGGUUUGCUAACAUUGAUGUCAGAACAUAUCGAACCAAAUUCUUCUUAAAAUAUCUAAACAUCUUUGAUUUAAUUACUCGCGUGAUUAAAGCGAUGAAGAAUCAAUGCAUGAUUAAGGAAUAAGAUAGAAUUUUGAUCUGGGCAAGAGGAAUGUAAUCUAACAGAACCUCUGGCAUCUUAGAAUGAGAAAACCUGCAAAGUUCGGGUUGGAAAAUGUUGUUACAAAAUGUAUAUUUACAGUAUUUACGGGUGGAAAAGACUUACGCACGACUCAGAACAAAAUUUACGAACUUUGCAGGACUAUAUUUUCCACAUUUCACUACAUUUUGCAACCAAACUUUUCAGUUUUACUCAUUCUAACUCUUUCUAAAAGUGUUGUUGGAGUGAUGACCUAUAGAUCAAGAUUUAGUCAGGAACUAAAACCAUCCAAUAAAAGACACUAUAACUAUAUAUUAUCUAUACUUAUCUAUAUUAUGAAAAAUAUUUACAAAACCCAUUUAACCUUCAUAUAAAAUAGAAUUAUUUAUAGAAGUAUUUACAGCUUUUAGUAAGUCAUGCUUGAGUCGGCUCAUUAAGUUGUCUAUUUCAUGAUGGUAUUUCAGUGUACCUGAUUGAAAGAUUGUUUUGAUGUACUUUAUUCAUGAAAUUUUUUUGAUUGAAAGUGGUCUCUGACUUAAGAGGUCGAUGUAUUAAGGAAUUAUACACAGAAAGCCUCCUCAGUAAGAGUUACUUAGGAAACAAGGAACCGGGAGUCAUGAGACAGGGUUGACCUCCUUAUUUAGAAAUCUCAUAAAGCCCUUUUUACAAAGCACUCAAUUCUUUCAUACGGCAGUGACUGCAUGCUUGAAAAACGCUGCUAAUACAAAUCAAGGUAUCUGCACAUAGGGUACAAAUAAACAAAUAAUUGAAUUUUAC